GGUCAUCCACGGGCUGACCAGUCGUCCUGACAGGGGCUCUUUGGGGGAUGCGGGGCUCAGAUGUCCCUCCAGAACGGGAACCAGCGUGCAGGCUGCUAUUCCGGGGCUCUGAUCAGGCUGUUUAUUUAUAGCGCUGGGGGAGGGCUCCCAACCCAGGCAGCGGAGAGCUGCUGUGCUGUAAUGUCACUGUUAGCAGGGCCACUGCGGACUGCCAGCACCUGCCGCUGCCGCAGAGGACAGAGGUCUCUGGGCUGCCUGGCGCCCGCCGUGUGAGGCUGGGAGGGAGCGACCCCGAUGGGCAGCACCAUGGAGCCCCCGGGGGGUGCGUACCUGCACUUGGGCGCCGUGACCUCCCCGGUGGGGACGGCCCGAGUGCUGCAGCUGGCCUUCGGCUGUACCACCUUCAGUCUGGUUGCUCACCGAGGCGGUUUUGGGGGCGUCCAGGGCACUUUCUGCAUGGCGGCUUGGGGCUUCUGCUUCGCCUUCUCGGUCCUGGUGGUAGCCUGUGAGUUCACCAGGCUCCACAGCUGCCUGCGCCUCUCCUGGGGUAACUUCACCGCGGCCUUCGCCAUGCUGGCCACUCUGCUGUGCGCCACGGCCGCCGUCAUCUACCCUCUGUACUUCACGCGGCUGGAGUGCCCGCCCGAGCCCGCGGGGUGCAUGGCCCGGAAUUUCCGCCUGGCUGCCAGCGUCUUCGCGGGCCUCCUCUUCAUGGCCUACGCUGCUGAAGUGGCCCUGACGCGGGCGCGGCCCGGUCAGGUGGCCAGCUACAUGGCUACAGUGUCUGGGCUCCUUAAGAUCGUCCAGGCCUUCGUGGCCUGCAUCAUCUUCGGGGCGCUUGUUCACGAGAGCCGCUACGGGCGCUACAUGGCCACACAGUGGUGUGUGGCUGUCUACAGCCUGUGCUUCAUAGCCACGGUGGCUGUGGUGGCCCUGAGUGUCAUGGGACACACAGAGGGCCUGGGCUGCCCCUUUGACCGCCUGGUGGUGGUGUACACCUUCCUGGCCGUGCUGCUGUACCUCAGCGCUGCGGUCAUCUGGCCAGUCUUCUGCUUUGACCCCAAGUACGGAGAGCCAGCGCGGCCCUCUGACUGCCCCCGAGGCGGCUGCCCAUGGGACAGCCAGUUGGUGGUGGCCAUUUUCACCUACGUCAACCUGCUCCUGUACAUCGCCGACCUCGCCUACUCCCAGAGGAUCCGCUUCGUGCCCACCUUGUAGCCUGCAGCAAAGGCCCGCCUGCUCCUCUCUCUGGCUGAACCUUCAGCCCCGCAAGCUUAUCCAGACGGCCACAGCCUCGGAGACAGAGAAAAAACCAUGCUGCGGUCCCCAGCAGCCUGACAGAGACAGGGCUUCCCAGAUGCCCACCACAAGAUGAUGGUCUCCUGACGGUGACGGGGCUUCCCGGAUGCCAGAGCAGACCCAGAAGCCUCCGAUUAGCCAGCUGUUCCUGAACGCCAGGGCUCGUCAGCACUGUCAAGCCAGCGUCUGUGGGAGAGCCCAGGCUGGACUAACCCAGGGAAGUCCUUCAGCCCAUCAGCCGACUGUCCCUCAGGCCUCCUGCAGAAAAUAAAAGG